AUGGACUAUUCAAAAUUUGCUGGUUACUUAAUUGAUUCUUUGUCUCCUAUAUUCAUUAUUGUCAAUGGAAGAGGCAUCCUUAAAUGUUUUACUUUAGGCCUGACUUUGAAAGAAAAAUGGAACACUGACAAUACAUUAGCAACUGAAGCUGUACUGGAAGACCAGCUGGUGAAGGGGCUUAAACUUAGUCUUGAUACAACUUUUUCUCCCCAAACAGGGAAGAAGUCUGGCACAAUGAAAGGAGCGUAUAAAAUGGACCAUCUUCAUUUUAAUACAGAUAUGGAUUUAAGUCUUAGUGGACCUGUGGUGCAUAGUGCAGCUGUACUUCAUUACCAGGGGUGGUUGGCAGGUGCACAGUUGUCUUUUGACACAGCUAAGAGCAAACUUACAAAAUCCAACUUUGCUGUAGGGUACUCUGCAAAUGAUUUUGUACUUCACACUAAUGUGAAUGAUGGACAGGAGUUUGGUGGUUCUGUAUAUCAAAAAGUCAAUGACAAAUUGGAAACUGCCGUCCAGCUGGCGUGGAAUGCUGGAAGUAAUGUAACAACGAUUGGUAUGGGCUGCGUCUAUAAAAUGGAUAGCAACACUUCUUUGAGAGCCAAAAUAAAUAACUCCAGCCAGAUUGGUUUAGGCUUCACUCACAGAUUGAGAGAUGGUGUUCAACUGACUCUUUCUUCUUUGGUUGAUGGCAAGAAUUUCAACCAAGGAGGUCACAAACUUGGGCUUGGCCUUGACUUAGAAGCAUAAUUACUGAAGCAGCUAAAUGUAGCUUGUAGACUGCAUUUGUACAUGUUGGAGUCCACAACAACAACCAGGGCCCUAUGAUAUAAAUUGAGCAGUCAUUGUGGUUUCCAUGAAAGUAGUUUUAUUAUCUAGCUGCAGAUGGUCAAAGAAAUACAGAAAUUUAUUAAUAUUUAUUUUUGGCCUAAUUUCUUGUUCCAGUAUCAAAUUAGUAUGUAGAGGACUGAAAAUCAUUCCCUGUUGACAGAAUUUUAAGCAAGAAGAAAGAAAAUGAAGUGUUGAUAAAUGUAGGUUGUAUCAUGUUUGUGAAGUAAUUGAGCAUCAUUACUCUUAAAAACACAAAAUAAGGUUAGAGAUAAAGAGAAAAAUGAAUUCUUCACUGUUAUUGUAACCAUAAAAAAACAAACAAAUGAUCUGUAGUUCAAAAUUUUCUUCAAUAAAGCAGCCAUAGAAACA